AUGAACACGGAUGUGUCGUUUUCAACGCCAAAUUUGGUGGAGGAAGCCGACGACGCGCUGGCGUGUCGUAACUCCGACGGGGGCUACCGGAUGAUAGACUACUAUGUUGAGAACCGGCGGGAGGAGCCGUUCACGCUGGUGGAACCUCCAAACAGAAAGACAUUGACACGGACGGAAUCUAUAGCGUCCUUGAAGAAGUCGCGAACGUCGCUAGAACAGGUGCAAACCAAGAUCGGCGAGCAGAUCCAUCAGGAGCCGAACCGGCUGAACGCCAUUCUGGCCAGCGACCGCGACCGGUAUGGGUUUCGCAAGGCAAACCAUUACGUCAAGCUCGAGGACUACAAUGGGUGGUGGAUAGAGUAUGCGCCAUAUCUUGCGCGGCGCAAAAAGAAAUGGGCCAAGCUGAUGGCUAAGAACGGGUUGCUGGUGACGAAGAACGGUAGCCCCACACGGUUUCCUCCUCGGUCCGAGGAACUGCGUCGCUAUGUUCGAAAGGGCAUCCCUGCCGAAUGGCGAGGCAAUGCCUGGUUUUUUUUCGCAAGGGGCCACGACAAGCUCAAGGAUAACAAGGGGGUUUACGACAAGCUGGUGGAAGAGACCAUGGACAUGAUUAAUGAGAACACUGAGGCCAUCGAAAAGGAUUUGCAUCGGACAUUCCCGGAAAAUGUCCAUUUCAACAAUAUCACCCAGCAGGGGACCGACCAGGAAAGUGCGCUGUUGCAGACACUUCGGCGUGUUUUGAAGUGUUUCUCCAAAUACAAGCCUACGAUCGGGUACUGUCAGUCGUUGAAUUUCAUUGCUGGGCUGCUGCUUAUAUUUUUAGACGAGGAGCGGGCAUUUUGGAUGCUCGUGAUAAUCACAGAAAGAUAUCUUCCAGGGAUCCACGAGUUCAAUCUGGAAGGAGUCAAUGUGCAUCAGGGGGUGCUGAUGUUGUGUCUUCGACAGUACUUGCCAAACGUUUGGUCGCUGAUGCACGAGACGUCGCAUUCGAACAACAAUUCGUUUCUGUACGAACUGCCAACGCUGUCGUUCUGCACGACGAGCUGGUUUAUGAGCAUUUUUGUCGGCGUGAUGCCGAUCGAGACCACGCUACGUGUGUGGGACUGUUUGUUCUACGAGGACUCGAAAGCGAUAUUCCAGGUGAGUUUGGCUAUUUUCAAGAUACUAGAGCCGCAGAUGCUGGAACUGGGCAGCAUACGAUCGGACGACGAUGGCAUUUUGAGCGCAGAGCUGUUUCAGCUGAUCCAGAACUCGCCGAAACGGCUGUUGAACGCCAACGUGCUGAUGCAGGAAUGUUUCCGGUUCUCGAGCUUCAGCAAACUGUCGCAGGAAGAGGUGCAGAACUGCAAAAAGUACGUGGUGGAGAGCCGCACGCGGUACAACGAGCUGAUCAAGCGGCGCAGUGCGGUCGGCAUGGACGAGCAGGAGCGCCGCGAACUGAUGAAGAGUGCUGUUCUACCGGAGAACAAGCAGAUCGGGCUCAAGAGCAUGAACUGGAACGGCCGGCUCAACAACCGUAUGCGGCGUAUCCAGCAGAGGAUACGCUAG